AUGUGGUCUUUGAAGCCGUCGGACAAGGUCAUCGACUUGCUCUCCGACUCCGAAGACGCGAAGCCACAGCCCCCAAUGACCGAUGAUGCAAAGGCCGCCCUCAUGGUGCUCUCCCACUCCGAAGAGACGAAGCCACAGCCUACAAUCACAGAUGCCUCGAAGGCUGCUAUGAUGGUGCCCUGCGACACCGACAAGCCACUGCCUCCAGUGACCGAUGCUCCGGAACCUUCCCUGAUGCUCGAAGCGCCGGCUGUCAAAGAAGUGUCGUCGACCGGGCGACGUUUGCGAGCCAAGACAUGCAUCUCGAAGCCAACGCCGCCCAAAGUUCAAGGAAAAAACAAGCGGGGCGAGUACUUCAUCCAAAAAUGGGCCGCCCACGAAGGACAUGGCUUUUGCAAGGGAUUGCGCGGGCCUUGCGUUAUGGGCAUUCGGGGAGCUGCUGCACGAGCUGGGCCUUCUGGGCUUUGUGACCUUUGCAAUUUAAAUGACAUUGCCCUGCUCCACCAUCACGGACAAGGACGGCUCACACAUCUUUUGCUACAGCUGGCCGCCCCUGAAGCUGACCAAGCCCUCGCUUGCAUCUCCACGGUUGACAACGACAUCGCCAAGGAUCUUCGACAUCGCAUGGACCGAGCUCGCCACCGCAAAGAUCCCAACCGUCCUCGUCGCGGACCUCGAAGUAAGAAGACCAUCAAGCAGGAGUGA